CCAUUUCAGGCCUACCCCAUACUGCGUCGUUAAAAUGAUGUAGAUGCAUUUUUCAUCACUGCACUUUCUUUUUGAAAACAAUAAUGGUCGAGAUUUAUAAACAUCAAUAUAACCUAAUUUGUCAUCGAUCAAAUCAACCCGAUUAUUAUCAAUUUGUUGACAAGUGUAUAUCGAGACUACGGUCCUGCACGUAUGUUGUGAACGACAGCUGUGACAGACGCUUUAUACCUCGGCCUAGAUUGGCAUACAUCGUAUAUGUGAGUACAUUGUGGACCAAAGGAAAUACAUGUAUACAUGUACAUAAAGCGAUCACACACCGGUACACAUCAGGUCCAGGCGUGCAAUAUCGGAUAUAACUACGAUAUUUCACCAAAUUAUAUGCCUUAAGCCGUAACAUUGCACACCCUUUUCACCAAGCCUGGAUCGAGUCCCAGUAUCAGAGUUCCGCGGAUCAAGACUUCGAGGAGGACAUAUCAUUGAAUCAGAAUUUACAGCCAGUAAGACGAGACGCUACAUUUGGCAUGAAAUGUGCGCAUGGCUUCUACCUCGAGUCUCGGCCCGGGUCUCCUCCUGGGAGCUGUGAACCGUGUGAUAAGGUCUGCCAUCCAGCGUUCCUGAACUGUUCCAUCGAAUACUGUCAAGAGUAUUGGAAUCAAAUGUAUGUCCUCCUCACGGAGACACCGACAGAUCCACCGUCAUCGUCAAGAGCCGUAAAAAAUGGCCUGGCAAUCGGAUUGGGAGUGACCGUAGCUGUUUUAGUCAUUAUCACGAUCAUAGUCAUAGGAGUUUACUACCUUAAAAAGAGGCGAAAGAAGCCGUCGAAAUCCCCGUCUUCUAUGGAAUUAAAGAACCAAGCAUACAUGGUUUUAAAAAAGCCUGAAGACGAAUUUGGCGAAGAAAAGCAAGUGAGUGUUGGCCAAGCGAAGGGACAUGUGCCGCACAAAGCCAGAGGAAGGUUGGAGAGUGGCGAGAGCGAAAAAGGAGAAACGUAUGAUUUGGAUGAUAUCUUGGAUGUCAUUGGAGAUUAAUUGUGCAGUGACUUUAAUCACUGAGUUGGUUUGAAGACUUUGAAAGGUUAUAAACUGUUGAUGCUGAUGAGAACAAUAUUUACAUCCUUAUCUAUGCUGCACCUGAAUGAAACUGUACACCUUUUCACUUGCAUACUGAGUCCAGGUUAUGUUAAAUUUUAGGAUAAUGUUUGCAAAACAAUAAAUUGACAACAUUACGAAAAACAUUUAAAUUUUUCUUAAUCAUUCUGGCGUUGUUGCAAAUAUAUUUGUGGCAAUCCGGGGAUUUGGGAUUUCUUUAUAAGGGCAGCCAGGCCAGCUGAUGGCUGAAAAUCCGUACUGAGCCACAUACAUGUAUAUGACGUACAUGUAGAUUGUUUUUGGGUGUACAUGUAGUCGGUAUUACAUCCUUCCUGUAUUGUCCAAUUGAGUUUUGCCUGAUCCUUUGAGGACCCGUCAUGUACGUGUGUUGUCUAGUCCGUCGAUGUAUCAUUGACAUUUUUGGUAGUAAUAAAACUACGACUUC